AUGGCUUCCACUCUGAGUCCGACUUUAAUUGUCCAGGACUCCGAUGAUGCUGAUCAAGAACGCGAGCAAGUAACUUAUGGCUGCGCUAAUUGCUCAAAUACGAUUGUAAGGUCUUCGGAGAUGCACCGUCUCCACAUAUACCCUCUCCCAAAAGUUGCGACCUUGACGCAACGCUGCGACGUGAAUUUCUAUAACCACAAAAUCGAGGCGUUCGUCACCAAUGACCCCAAUCAGGUUGAGCUGUGGAUCAACACGACCGAAUACCUUUACGACGACCGUCUCUACAAGCUCCUGCUUGGCCUAGACCUUAAAUGGCGCUCGAACUUUGCCGGUAAUGGGCGAGACAACCUGGUCGCGCUCAUACAGCUCUGCAUCGGGCACCGGUGCCUUAUCUUCCAGGUCCUUUGGACAACACAUGUGCCGGUCCGUCUCUACACGUUCAUGAGCAACCCAAAGUACACUUUCGUCGGGGUUGGCAUCUGGGAGAACACGCUGAAGCUACUGUCGGACAACAGGCUGUGGAUAAUGAGAAUGGUCGACAUCCGGCAGCUCGCUGCGAUGAGGUUUUGCGACUUGGAACUCCUCAGCCUCGGCCUCAAGGAUCUAGGGGCAAGGUACCCAGGUAAAGUGCUCGAGAAGCCGGAGGCGGUGACGCUGAGCCAGUGGGGCAGUGUGAAUGGUUAUUGCCGUACCCAAUAG